UUUGUAGCAACAGCCAUCUUUUCGCCAUCUGCUGCGGUUACUGACGUUUUUGAGAAUGAGACGACUACACACGUCUUUGAUACUUAUAAUUUCUUCGUUCAUCCUCACUGGUACCAGUUCCCUCUGGUCUCUGACACGUGGCAUUAUGCCAUUGGUGUAUUCAUCUCAAUUGUCGGCAUCGUUGGAAUUUUUGGAAAUGCCACCGUCAUAUAUAUUUUCAGCACCACCAAAAACUUGAAGACGCCAUCCAACAUGUUCAUUGUAAAUUUGGCGCUGAGCGACCUGAUAUUUUCCUUGGUGAUGGGAUUUCCUCUUCUAACCAUAUCGUCAUUCAACAAAAAAUGGAUCUGGGGAAAUACAGCGUGUGAGCUCUAUGGACUUAUUGGUGGUAUAUUUGGUCUUAUGUCCAUUACCACGCUGUCCGCCAUCAGUGUCGAUCGAUACUAUGCCAUUGCACAUCCUCUCCAAGCAGCCCAUAAUAUGACAAGGAGGAAAGCUUUCACCAUGAUUUGUUUGGUCUGGGUAUGGUCUCUAUGCGCCUCUUUGCCACCUCUCUUUGGCUGGGGUGCGUACGUAGCGGAAGGAUUUCAAACGUCCUGCACUUUCGAUUACCUCACCACAACUCCAAGCAAUAGGACAUACAUAUUUUUCCUAUAUCUCUUUGGAUUUGCCGCUCCUGUAUUUGUAAUUGCAAUGUCGUAUAUUUUGAUCCUCAGAGCUUUGAGAAAACACGAACAAAAAAUGCAGAAAAUGGCAGCCAAAAUGAAGGUUGAUGACAUUAAAGCAAAUCAAGAGAAAACCAAAGCUGAGGUAAAAAUUGCAAAGAUCGCCAUUAUGAUUGUGGCCUUGUUCCUGUUGUCAUGGAGUCCAUAUGCUACUGUGGCUUUGAUUGGUCAAUUUGGUCCAACAGAAUGGGUCACCCCUUUCCUCUCUGAGCUGCCUGUCAUGUUGGCAAAGGCUAGCGCCAUGCAUAAUCCAAUCGUCUAUGCUCUAAGCCAUCCUAAAUUCAGAGAGGCUUUGUACAACAAAGCCCCAAGAAUUUUCAGUUGCUGCAAACCUCCAGGCAAAUCAACACCUUCAGCAUCAAGAGCAACAAAUGUAAGCCGAACCAUGAGUGGACUCAGUGACACUGUGGGAGGUGGUGCCAGUGACGUCUCUAGCUGUGUAAGUAACCUUAGUGAUGUACACGACAACGCCAUCCAAAUGCGCAGAACCGGAAAAGGCUCAGACAACCAAGGCACAGACAACAGUUCGACACAGCUGAUUCAGAGUCUAGUGCAAGCACUCGUUGGCGUAACAAACCAGCAAAACAGACAAGUGGUAUAUCUUCCAAGCGCAACACAGAGUUCGCAAAGUGCUCAGGGUGCGGAUCCAAAUGGCGUGUUCAUGGUCGACAACGGAGGACAGAAGAUCGAUAUAAAGACUUAUUUACAAGAAAUAAUGGCUGCUGAAAAGAUUGCAGCAGCUGUGGAUGAUUCCAAGAAAGAUAAUGUCGAGAUCAAAGACGAGACCAACGCAUCAAACGAGAAAGAAGUGGAGAAAAUAGCAACUCAGGCAGUAUGAAUAGUUCGAGUAACAGCGAAUAGAAGAAUUAUAUCUACCUUUUGAUACAAUUUGCAUGCUGAAGGGUUCGUAUUGUUAAAAAUGAAUAUGCUGAAAAAUCGACAAUGAAUAAAAAACCACUAUGAAUUUUCUUGGUGUUUUCGACACUUUUUUUUCUCUUGCGAAAGGAACCCAUAGUUUAUCAUCAUUUCAGUACGGAAAAAAAGAUUGUGGCCAAAUCUUACACUACUAUAUAAUGUAUAACAAUCUUUUUCAGAUAUGUUUCCGUUACUUAUAAUAAUUUUUGUU